CUUUUUAAAAUAAUAUAGUAUUACAAUUUGUAUGUAUUGAUACAUACAGUAAAAGCAUGCGAAGAUCAUGUAGAAUCGCAAAGACAAAUGAGGAUAAAGUGACAAUUAAAAUGCUACAUGGUGUUCACAUUUACAUAUUGGUUUAUAUUUUGGUACAAAAACUGCGGAAGAGAUACGUCAGCAAAAGCGAGAGUGUGAGCGAAGGCGAAGAGCUCGCAUAAAAGAAAAUGCUGCCUUAUAAGAAGCUUCUAAAGAAAAAGAUAGAGAACGAAAGAAGAAUAAAGUGAAGCUUGUAGUUCAUAUGACACCUAGAGAACAUCGAAUGCAGCAAAAACAGUGGAGAGAACGCAAAUUAAGGAGUCGAUUGAAACAAAAACGUGCUAAAAUAUUAUUAAAUCACUUAAGAGAGAACACUCCAGAAACUACUGAUGAUGAGGCAGUUUUACCCAUCCGACCAGAAUCAGCAUCUAUCUUAGAAAGCGUCCCUGAGAUAGUGGCCCGUCGACUGUCUAAUUGUGACAGUGAUGUUACCACAUGCUCGGAAUCAAUUAGAUCGACACCGACAAUGCUGUCAGACCUUAGUCCAAGCUCUUCACAAUGUGGGAUAGUAAGCCGACAAAAGAAAAAAGGUGUACAAGCAUCAAGACUAAGAAGAGAGUUAUCAAAUUUGAUAAUAAAAAAACAAAAAGAGACAAUACAGGCUAUGAAGAAAAAAGUACAUACCUUACAAGUGAAGUUAUUGAGAGCAACUGAACGAAAGAAAGACAUGGAUAGUGUUACGAAAAAGAGAAGCCCUCUCAAGGUAAAAACAGAAGUAUCAAAGCGAAAGAAACUUCGUACAGCCGUUACUACAUUCCUUCAAAGAGAUGACAAUAGCAAAAUGUGCCCCGGAAAAAAAGAUUGUGUCACCAGAAAUAAAGUAAAAAAGCAAAAAAGAUACCUCUUUGACACUAUGCUAAACCUACACAAGAAAUUCCUGACAGAAAAUAGUGUUAAAAUUAGCUUUGCUUCUUUUUGCCGACUAAGACCUUUUUGGAUUACAGUACGAAAAAUAUCUGAAAGAGACACAUGUCUUUGCGCGGUUCAUGAAAACAUGCAACUUAUGUUUGACAAAUUAAAGUACCUCAACAUAAUUUCCUAUCUGAAUUUAAGGGAGCUCUGUAAAAAUAUAGUAUGUGAUAUCAAUUCAGAGAUAUGCAUAUUACGCAAAUGCUCGACGUGUAAGAACAAAGUCCCAAAUAUUAAUGUUUUUGAUGAUUCGACUGAAACUACUUAUAAAUCAUGGACAGUGAUUAAGGAAAAUCGGAUAAUAAAAGGCAAGGAAAAAGAAAUACGCAGAACAGUGAAGAAAGAAAUAAAAAUAACGAAAAAGACAUUGCUGUUGAAGUUCAUUGAAGCUUUGGACAAAUUUUUGCAACACCAGUACACUAUAACGCAUCAGUACUUAGCUACAACUCAACUUAAGGCUAAUCUUUCUGUGGAAGAGAUUUUCAUGCACGUCGACUUCGCAGAAAAUUAUUGUUGCAAGUAUUCCGAUGAAAUUCAAGCAGUACACUUCGGUGCUUCAAGGCUGCAAAUAAGUUUACAUACCGGUGUGUAUUACUACAGAUGCCCUGACAGUAGUGAGGUGAAGAGUAAAUCUUUUUGCACGCUUUCGGAAUGCUUGCGGCAUGACGCUGGUGCAGUUUUUGCUCACAUGCAAAAAAUUCUGGAUACGAUAUGUUUGUCACAUCCUAUAAAAACUUUGCAUGUGUUAAGCGAUGGGCCUACAGCACAAUAUAGGAAUAGGAAGGCGUUUUUUCUAUUUUCUCAAUAUAUCACGCAGCGCUACGGUAUACAAAUUGCUUCAUGGAACUUUUGCGAAGCCGGUCAUGGCAAGGGUCCGAUGGACGGAGUUGGAGCGGUUAUAAAAAGGACAGCAGAUCGGUUAGUAGCUCAUGGAGAAGAUAUCCCUGAUUUUGCCGCUUUCGUUAAAGCCGUAGAGACAAACAUAACUAACAUUGACAUUUCUGUUGUGACUGAAGGGAACAUGGAAGACAUAGACAAAGUUUUGACUGACCAAGGAAAAAGCAUAAGCGGCACCUUAAAAAUUCACCAGGUCACUUGGGUUGUUACCAAUCCUAAAAGGAUUUAUUUGAGAAAACUCACAUGCAUUUCUUGUGAACCUGGUAGCAUUUGCUCUCACUAUUCACUGUCAAAAGGUUUUAUUGAUUUUGUCAGCAGCCCAAUUGUAACCGAUUUUAUCCAAUCGCAAGAGAUAUUGAGUUCCAAUAAUGAAAAAGUUGUUUCGCGGCCUGAAAUAAAUGAAGACGUUCAUACAAGUCCAAAAACAGAUGAAGAAAACGUGCCAGUGAAGGAAGUACACGAGAACGUGCAACUUAAUUCAAAGUUUAUAGCACUAAAGGAUGGGAUGUGGGUUAUUGCCAAGUUUUUGUUAAAAAAAACGGAAAAGCAUUUCGUUGGUCAAAUAAUUGGAUUUGAUGACGAUGAGCCCAGGAUAAAAUUCGCGAAAAAGAAACAAAUUACAAAAGAUCAUGCUGUUUUCGUUUGGAUAGACCCUGAGGACAUAUUUCCUGUUCCUCGCGAUGAUGUAAUGUGUGUUUUGAAAGAGCCUACAUCCGGUCGGCGGGGACGAUUGUUGUUUAACAAUACCGAGCUUAAAAAUUACAGAAAUAUUGAGUAAAUGGCCACAAACAGAAUAAGUAUUUAGAUGGUCAUUAAUGCAUAAAUAUCUCCCUAAAUGUUAGAAUUGGUUAAAAAUGUGAGACUGAUUACUGAGACUGCAUAAUAAAUAAUUGACAUGAAAGGUUUUGUUUUUAAGUUGAAGUUUACAUAUUCAUAAGAUACCUAAAUAAAAAAAUGAUAAAAUAUGUAGUAGAACCUUUUAUUUUCAAAAUAUUAUUUAGAUAUUUAUUGUCUCUUCCGUGGAUCUGAUGGGGUCAGUUCCAUGGAGCGCGUUUCUUCAAGCUUUUUUAUAUACUCACUAGCUUCUGCCAGCGGUUUCACCCGCAUCCCGUGGGAACUACUUCCCAUACCGGGAUAAAAAGUAGCCUAUAGCCUUCCUCGAUAAAUGGGCUAUCUAACACUGAAAGAAAUUUUCAAAUCGGACCAGUAGUUCCUGAGAUUAGCGCGUUCAAACAAACAAACAAACAAACUCUACAGCUUUAUAAUAUUAGUAUAGAUUAAGAUAAAUAAUAAAUUUUUAAAUGAUGAAAUAGUAGAUUUUUUUAUUUAAAAACAUGACUUCAUUGAUCUUUCCAUGGAAAAUAUUUUUGUAUGGAUUGUCACUUCCGUGGAUCUGUAGUCACUUCCAUGGAGGGCAAUUUUAUUUCAACCCUUUUAAUUCAAUAUAUAAAAGACUGCGAGCUCGGCAAGUAUUUUUUCUAUGAUAAACAAGACCAAAUCUGUUAUAAUGCAUCAUCAAUUACAUUUGAAUACCAUUUUCAGUAAAUUAAAUUUUAUUCUAUCAAAAAAUGAGAAACACCCAUACAGUGAAUGAAUUUUUUAAAUUGGU